UAAAAAUGAUAGGAAAAAUUUUAAUAAUUGGAUUAUUAUUAAAAUGUUGUUUGUGUCAAUAUUUCAUUGAUGAAAAUUCAAGACAAUUACGUGAUGUAAAUGAUAAAAAAAAUACAUUGAUGGCUGUUAAAGCUGCACAAGAUGCAAAAGCUGCUGUUGAUGCACAAUUAAUUGCUGGACAACAAGCAGCACAUCAGGUAAAAUUACAAAUUGCUGAAAAAGCUAAAGAUGCUGCAAAAAUGGCAGAGACUGCAUUAUCAGGUAGAGAAGCUGUUGUUGGACAAUUACAACAAGAAGUCAAAGAAGCUGAAGCUGUUGUACGUGAAGAAAUAAUAUCAAUUAAAACAACAAAAUCACAUGUACAAUCAUCAAUACAAGCUGCACGUGAAGCUCAACAAGAACUAAAAACACUGACACAGGCUUAUCAUAUUGCAUUGUUAAAUGUUGCAAAUGCUGAUAAAUCAGCACGUGGUGCACAACAUGAUUUUAUUGAAAAAAAACAGCUAUUAGAAGCUGCAAAUCAUCGACAAAUUGAACUUGCUAAAAGAAUGAAUUAUGCACAAAAUGAACUUGAAAGAACAAAAGAAGCAUCAAUUAAAGCAACAGCAUCAGCACAAGAAGCUAAAAUUAAUGCUUCAAGAAAUAAACGUAAAUUUGAUCAACAAAUUUCAUCAAAUAAUUCAUAA